GCUGUUCUUUGCAAUGGAUCCACGGUAUGGAGAAAUCUCCAGGGCCAUGAGAAACCGAGGAAUAGAAAUCUAUCUUCUCGGAGAGGAUGAAGGGGGUACAUACAGCCAGGCAGACAUUUGCUGUAUGUUGGAAGAGGCAGGUCUGGUAGACAAGAGGAUUUGUCAGUGGUGGCUGGAGCUGCACACAGCUUUGAAAUCAGAGCUGUCCUUCAGUGACAGACCAGUGAUGGCUGACCUUCUGCAUGCAGGUGCCCUGUGUGUCCAGCUUAUGAGCAGGGGGUAUGGUCUCAAGCAUGCUUUAGCCUUUUCUGCAGAGGAUAGCUAUGUGGGCAAUAAAAGGAAUGCCACGGCAAAACAG